AUGGCCGGCAGCCCAGAUCGUUCGUACUCGCCAGAGUACCUCGAGCGACUGUCAAGUCCUGAUUACCUUGCUGGUGAUGAGUCCUCGUCAGAUUCGCAGAGUGUUCCUGAGGCAGAUCGCCUCCCAGACGCUGCUGCACCUCUGAGCGCCGACGAGGACCGAAUGGAUUCGAAUUACCCAGUGCCCAGUCAGGAACGCAGUCCUAGCGGCAGUGACAGCAAUGAGGAACACCCGCCCUUGAAGCGGUUCAAAGAAGGGCCAGCCUUGGAUUACGAAUCCUCUGAUGAUCACAUCCCACACAACCGCCCGGCCGCCAGUCUCAUCGACAGCGAUGGCAAUGAGGAGCCUCCGUCCUCGAAACAGUCGACCAAAGACCAAACGAGGUACUACAACUCGUCUGACAACUACCCUCCACCCAGACGCCCACCCCCCAGCUCCACCGCCAACCCUCCCCCAAAGAAGGCUACUCAAGACAAGAAGAAACCCAAUCAACCCCCUCCCCCCUCCAACCCCCCCAAGAAAAACGACCCCAGCACCAAAGCCUCCCUAAUCCACCAAAUCCAGUCCCACUGGGGCCCCAACUUUAUAAAAACCUACAUUCCAAAAUGCCAUCGCCCCCUUAUCAAACUCCCCACCUCCACCACAAAACGCAAACGCCCCCACCCCUUACUCCGCAAACACGAGUCCAACCCCCACAACUGGACCCCUUCCUCUCUAGCCUCCAUCCUGCGCAUCGCAAAACUCACUUCGGACAAAGCGUGGUUGCAACAAGCAACGCGAGAUGUAGUGCGGUAUAGAAUUCGGCAUACAGGGAACCGCAAGCCGCAGCUGGGACGCGCGGAUUUCGACGUUGUCGAGGAUAUGCUGGGGAAGGGGUGGGGAGUUGAAUAUGCGUUUGGGGUUCGGUAUAAGCAUUUAGUUAAGGAGGAGGGGGAGGGGGAAGGGGAGGAAGAAGAGGAUGUAGAGUAUCUGUUUGAUGUUGGGCCCGAGAGUAGUGAGGUGGAUGUGGGGUCUGAGGGGGAGGAUAUGAAGCUAAGGAGGCGGCAACGACGCGGUGACACUGAUGGUGGUGGGAAGGCGAAGAAGCGGAAGGAGAGGGGGGAUGAGGUAUGUGCACCGUCUUCGUCUUCGGAGGAGGAGGAGGGGAGGAUUAAUCCGUAUCAACAUGCCUGGUGCAAAUCGCAGUAUGUCAUGUUUCCGCCACUGCCACACACUUCUUCGUCUUCGGCGCAGGUUACGCAGAGGACUGCGAAGUCUGCGUCGAAUGGUACGAAGAAAAUGAAACAGAAAAGUGCACAGCGUGGUAAGGAUGUACGGAAUAGUCCUGAGGAAUCGCUGUUUGUACCGGAGGAGAGAGAGAGGGAGAGAGAUGAAAAUGGGGAGUUUGAAGAGGAGGGAGAAGAUGGAGAAGAGGAGGAAGAAGAAGAAGAAGAAGAAGAAGAGGAGAGAGACUACGAAGCAGAAAUCGCAGCAGCAGAGGCGGAACUCAAACUUGCGCGGUUAAAGGUUGCGGCGGUGAAGGCGAAGAAGUUGAACAGGAAGAAGUGA